AUGUGUGAUGAUGAAACAUUGCGUGCGGCUUCACGAUCUUCUAAAGAAGAGUCUGAACAAUGUACGAGUUUAUUCAACUGUUUGAAACCCAACUGUUGGAAAUACAGGAGUUGUGCAAUGUCACAAAUGCCCACUACAAAAACAAAUAUAAAAGAAACGCAGUACUCGAUCGUCUUUUGUCUAUUAACAAAAAUUGGAAGCCAGAUGCCUCAAGGGAGGAUGCAGCUACCUCCAAAAUCAAAGAAGAAAAAAUCAACAACAGCUGAUAAACAAGCUGAAGUAUUGGAUAAAGCGUCUGAAUUACUCUCUGUCUCGGUCUCAGAGGUCGAUCUAGAUUGUCCGUCCCUGGACAAUGGAGAUACAUACACACAAUCGGAGUUUCUCUCCCGGCUUGCUCACACGUGUCGCUACGACCACCUCCUACUGCCGACCUAUGAAACCCGCGACGUUGUCUAUGUUCACGCCAGUGCUUAUAUAUACGUCAUUCAACCAGCUGAUGCUCAUGAUUUGAACUUUAAGCUACACUUUCUUCUUCAAUUGCGAUGGACAGAUCCAAGAUUGGCCUAUUUACCGUAUUCCCCAGAAAGGGAGAAGAUUAUUGGUGAAGACGACCUCCGAUCUCGGGUUUGGGCACCGCACUUAUACAUUCCUAACGAACAAUCGUCCAAUUUGAUGGGUACUGGUAGGAAGGAUGUGCUUAUAUCGAUAGCGCCAAAUGGAGAAGUGCUGUUCAGCCGGCGGAUGCAGGGUGUUCUGUAUUGCUGGAUGAACCUUCAGAAAUUUCCAUUUGAUGUGCAGACAUGUUCUCUGAAUUUAGAGAGCUGGAACUACAACGCGUCCAUUCUACGCUUGAUGUGGGAGGUUGAUAAUCCUGUUCGGCUAUCUUCAGAGCUGCAUUUGACAGAAUACUCUCUGCUCGACUAUUGGACCAAUGAGUCUGUUGUUCGAGGAGAUAUAAUUAACAUGAGAUUGGGUGGAGCGGGUAACUACAGUGCUUUGAAAUUUACAUUCAAAUUAAGCCGAGAGGUCGGUUACUACUUAAUGGAUUAUUUCAUCCCUUCAAUGAUGAUCGUAGCCAUGUCAUGGGUCUCAUUCUGGUUGCAAGCUGAUGCUUCACCUCCACGAAUCACAUUGGGUACAAGUACCAUGUUGUCGUUUAUCACUCUGGCAUCAUCUCAAGCUAAAACUCUUCCAAAGGUUUCAUACAUCAAAGCAAGUGAAAUCUGGUUCUUAGGCUGCACUGGUUUCAUUUUCGCAGCCCUUGUUGAAUUCGCAUUCGUCAACACUAUUUUCUACAGGAAGAGUGUUGCUCCUUUGAAGAAAGUCAACAGUAAAUAUAUACUAAAGAGUACGUUAACUCCGCGGCUGGCACGUAAAGCUCUCCAGAAAGAGAUAGAAGAAUCAUCACCACAGCUAAGCAAGUCUCGCUCAUGUUCUUCACUGUCCCAGGAUACUAAUAAUGAUCCAGCAGGAAUGGGAUACAACAAUUAUCUAACGGUUCAUAGCUUCCCAUCAGCAAUAAACGUGCCAACAAUUACAACAGAGAGCUACGACGAUUUAAACACCAGACAGUCACCAGGCAGGCGACACCUUAACUCCGGUAGUGAAAACUCCGAUGAGCCGCCACCGCAUCAUACAUGGACAGAGAUGACGCCCAAGGAAAUUGCUGCUUGGAUCGAUAAACGCUCUAGAGUUCUAUUUCCCUUACUAUUCUUAUGUUUUAAUAUACUUUACUGGACGUUUGUCUAUUGUCUUUAA